AUGAGCUUUGCUCUGGGAAAUUCCAGAGUUUUGGUUCAACCAGACAGCCGAGGCUGGGACCUGGGUCUGUCCCGAUCUGAGGAGGAGAAGCGAGCUCCCUCCUCCCAGCAGACCCCACACCGAACUCAUGCUUUCCCCUGCAGGUACCGAAGGCAUGUCCCAAACAUCACAUUUUCCUUGGGAGACACCUCCAGAAACACCACCGUGAAAUGCUUCCAGGAUUUCCGGAGCACUGCCGCGGAGAAGAGCCACCAGUUCCCUACCCUCUCCUCUGGCCGUCCGGCACCGGCGUGCCGAGAGCAGGGCUGGCACCAGCACCCGUGCACCCCUUUGCAUUCCCACUCCAGCCCGGGCAGCAGCCGUACGGAGGAGCUGAGGACCUUCUACCAGCUGUCCCAGCAGCACCGGGAGUUUUACCGGGACAAGACCAGGACACUUCACGUCGUUCCCUACUUUGUGUUGCCUGCAAAAGAAAAGGAAAGAUACCCUCAUCCACUUGACCUCCCUCCACUCAGCGGGAAGACCCGGUGGCAUUUAUUCCGGGUGUCACCAGAGAACCUGCGGACGUACCAGACCUUCCCCUCAGGAGAAAGGGUCACCUCCCAGGAGAGGGAAAUCCGAGACAGCUUUUUCGAGUACAGAGCAUAA